UGUCUUGCGCGUGCGGGUUAGGCCGCCGCCCGUUGCCGACUCGGGUGGGCGUGGCGGAGGGCCGGCCCCUUUGGGCCGCCGUCGCGGCGCCGGGGCUGCUUUGCGGAAGUGCAGUGGGGGGCGGCCGGCUGGCUGGUGGAAGAUGGCGGGGGUGCAGAGCAGCUCCCGGUACCCGGAGGGAUCGGCGCUUCAGGACCCGCUGUCCCGCUUCACCUGCCCCGUCUGCUUGGAGGUGUUUGAGAGCCCGGUGCGGGCCCCCUGCGGCCAUGUCUUUUGCACUCCAUGCCUGCAGGAAUGUCUGAAGCCUAUUGAACCAGUUUGUGGAGUCUGCCGCAGUACCCUGUCUCCUGGCAGUAGAGCUGUGGACCUGGAACAGCAAAUUGAAAUGACAGAAACCACUUGUGAUGGCUGCGAUAAAAAAAUGUACCUCUCAAAGAUGCGUAGUCAUGCAGCUUCUUGUUCAAAAUACCAGAAUUAUAUAAUGGAAGGCGUUAAAGCUGUAACUAAAGAACCACCUCGUAACACCAGGAAUGUUCCAAAUCGUUUUACCUUUCCUUGUCCUUACUGCAGUGAGAAAAACUUUGAUCAGGAAGGACUAGUUGAACAUUGCAAAAAAUACCACAGCAUGGAUGCAAAACAAGUGGUUUGCCCAAUUUGUGCCUCGAUGCCGUGGGGAGAUCCAAAUUACAGGAGUGCUAACUUCAUGGAACAUCUUCAGCGGCGACAUCAGUUUUCCUAUGAUACUUUUGUGGAUUAUGAUGCUGAUGAAGAUGACAUGAUGGCACAGGUUUUACUACGUUCCUUGAGGGAUCAGUGAACUAAGUGGGAGAUAAACUGUAUGAUACCAACCUUCCAUUAGGUGAAAAUACACAGCAUCCCUGACACCUGUCCCUUCUCAUCCCAAGAUGAUCCCACACAUCUGAAAAUAAAUAUGGAAGAUUUUUGAAGAA